GUAAGCAUUGACCAUUUACAAUUUUCACGUUAGCGGUUUGUUGUUGUUAUUUAUACAUUUAUUAACGCCAUGGAACUCAAAAUAUUACUAAUUUAACUGCAUAGCAUCACAUACUUGCACCAGGUAGUCUUAAAUUUGCAUUGGAGACAGGACUUGUUUGAUAUUGUCUAGGUAAACUAGCUGCAAACGUUAACUAACAAUGGCUGACUGUGUGGUUUUUCACACUCAAAUAGCCUCCAUCAUGGAGGUGCUAGCAAAUGCAGCCGUGGCAAAUAUCUGUAAACUCGUAGAUGACGACUAUGCAGUGUUUCGUAUGGAAAUAAAUCAAAGCCAGAAAGAAAACAGGUCAUUGCGGAGGAAACUACUAGAACUGAAGGUGGCACGGGAGCGCGCUGAGAGGACAAUGCGAGAGCGCGUCCUCGCCAUUCGUCCCAGUAAUGUCAAGAUCUCUGACCGAUACAGAGGAACGGCAAGAGAUGAAGGAAAUCUCACUGGAGGCCACAGGAGCUUUGUGAAGCCAGCAGCACACAAAACAUGGAAAGAUGACCAUCCAAUCACUGUUGAUGAGGGGAUUGGAACCUCAACCCAGCACGUUAUCAUGAUAGAGUCUGCAGAUGCAGAGGCUGCAGGUCCAGGGGUCAAGCUGGAGAGGUCUGAAAGAGAGGAGGACCCAUGGCACAGCAGAGACACCCAGACUCAAGCGGUGGUAGAGCCCCUUGUAGCCACAAAGGACCCCCCCACCAUCGCCCCAGCGCCGCCCAGGACCCGACACAGAAUCACGGAGGUCAGUGGAACGCAGAACGCCGUCCUCAAGUCAGAGACAGAUACGGAUACUUUAACUGUAACACACAGGCUCUUACGCACAGGAUCUGACCACAGAUCAGACCCAGAGAGACUGGGGAAGGGGCCACUGCGCUAUCCUCCUUCUCCCGGCACAGAUUACUUACCGGUAUUUCACCAGAGCCAGAGGAUGGUUCAUUCCCGUGGAGAUGCUGAAAUGUUAGACACUACUGGUGAUGAUCCGUCUUGUUCUUACACUACAGAGAUGGACCCUGGCAACAUAUCCUUGGGUUUAGAGACACAUACUGAUCUGUCUAGAGGGGACUGGAACCGGUACAGUAGUAGUGUAUACUCUGAAGGGUGCCUAGAUAAGAAAGGGGAGGGUCUGGUCGUAGAUGAGGUGACUGUGAAAGUGGAGGGCGACGCUCCUCUGACAUGGAAUAUAGACAAGACUCACUUAGGAGAAGGAUACUCACAAGGCAGAGAUUUCUUAGAUUACAGGGAAAGUUUGGAGACAAAUCCAAAUGUCACGACCCACUCUCAUUUACACACGGUCAGGGAUCGCGAGUCAGUGUCCACGUCGAUGGGACCUUCCGAUUCACACGACCACGUCCUUUUCGAUCAGGUAUUGAACUCAAAGGGCCAAAGGGCCAAGGGGAGGGGAGGGGGAGCAACAUCAGGCAAUAGUAAAGAGAAACGGUUCCUCUGCAUGUUCUGUAACAAAGGCUUCAGCUGCCUCCAGAAGGUGGAGAUCCACCAGAGGGUCCACACAGGGGAGAAACCGUACAGCUGUAAGCAGUGUCAUAUGCGCUUCGCUGAGGCUGGCAACCUGAAGAGGCACCAGAGGGUCCACACAGGGGAGAAACCCUUUGGCUGUACCCAGUGUCACAUGCGCUUCGCCCAGGCUGGUCACCUGAAGAGACACCAGAGGGUCCACACAGGGGAGAAAUCUUUCAGCUGACCCCAUUGUGAGAAGAGAUUCUCCUGGAAGAGGUUCUCAGAUGGGAACUACCACCAGCAGAAAAAAUAUUCCACUCUAUAACAUAGAAAGCAACUAUUUGUCUCAGUAGCUUCUGAUGUUAAGUUCAAACACUGCAUUAAAGACAACAAUUAAUUGUUAAUUGUGUAAUUUGACACCACGAGAGUAACAGAUUUCAGUGUUGAAUAUUGCUGGGUAGAAUAUUGCAUCCAGACAUUAUGUGAUAUACACUGAGUGCACAGAACAUUAACACCUGCUCUUUCCAUGGCAUAGACUGAUCAGAUGAAAGCUAUGAUCCCUUAUUGAUAUCACUUCAAUCAGUGGAGAUGAAGGGGGGAGACCGGUGGAAGGAUUUUUAAGCAUUAAAGACAAUUGAGAAAUG